AUGCCGAUCUCCUACUACGCCGUGGGCUCUUGGGACGAUUGGGCCGCAUUUCACCUGCUGUGUUUGGACGAGGCCACUGGUCUUUAUGGUGCGACCAUACCAGUUCGGAAGGCGCCUGGUGUAGAGGAGUUUCAGAUCGUGGAAAACAAAAGCUGGGCACGGCGAUUCUUCCCGGUGGACGGAGGCCAGUCGAUUGCAGGUCCGGAAGAACGUCACGGAGCCAAUUGGCGGGCUGAGAUACCCUGUCGCUGUCGUGAUCUGCAUGUUUCGUGGGAUCCUGUGGGGCAGCGCGAUGUCAAGUGGCAGUUUCUCGAUUGUUCUGGAAAGCCUUUGGGACGCCCAGUGGUCAGCCGUAAGUCCGCCACAGCGACGUUUUUUCUUGUGGGCUCCUGGAACGAUUGGCAAGACUUUCUGGAGCUGCGGCCACGAUUAAGGCCGCGCAAAGAGGCACUUGCAGUUUUCGGUGGACAGCGAGAUGCUCCGCCUGUGGAAGUCGUGCGCAAGGAUCAAGUACACGGAGGCCGCAUUCCUGUUCAAGGUCUUGAUUGUGUGGAACUGCAGGUUGCGCAAGGGCGUGAUUGGCAACGACGGUUCUAUCCUUCUGAUGCAUCCACGAAUGCACGAGUUCUCGGGCCAUCAUGCCCUCCGCAUGGCAUGAAUUGGCGAAUUGCAGUUCCCAGCUGCUGCUGGUGGCUGAACAUUACAUGGUGCUGCAAUGACGGGGUUGCGGGUGCUCUUUCUUGGACCUUCUUGGACCAAAGGGCCAACGAAAUCGACGUCACGCAGCAAGCCGCAAGGGCAGCAAUCGAGCCGGAGGGGAUCAAAGAGACAUCAGCUCUUCUGUGGCGGAUUCGUGGGGGUUCAGAGACUGGCGGUGUGAUUGUCCGGACCGGACCUGGCGUUGAUUCGCCGCAGGCACCAGCUCGCCUAUCUACUGGCUCCGUGGUUUGGGAGCUCGAGUUACUCGGAGUCCGUCUCCAUUUCAGAAAACUGAGAGGCGAUGGUCCCGACGAAGGCUGGAUCAGCACCACUCUCAACCACAAGGUUCUUGCGGAGCACUGCUCUCUGGACGAGGUCUCGGCCGCGAGCCUGAUAGACGUGUGCCACCACAGCUUAGGCUGUAACACCCGGCACAUCAAGUCGGCAUUCUGCGAAGCUGAUGACCUGGAACUGUUUCAUGCGCUGUGGUCCGAGCUAGACGUCUCAGGCAAGUACAAGCCACCUGGCGGCAUGGCCUUCGUUGAUAACCGCUAUAAGACCGAGAUUGAUGUGGAGCUGGCUGCAUCUGCUUCCAUCCUUCGAACAUUGAUUGCCACUUUGAAUGUGGAGAUGGUCAUGUGGUGGGCCAAUGUCUAUGAGGAUGGCUCCAGUGGCUGCGAUUUUCAUCGCGACUGUCACUUCAGGCACAACGUGAACGUGACAGUUAGUGCAUCGUUCGGUGCCGCCAGAGAACUGGUCUUUCGAAGUGAGGAGGUAGACACUGAGAUGCCUUACCUCCAGUCCAACGGCGACAUCAUGGCAUUCAAUGCUUGGGUGGAUGAACACUUCUUGCACCGAGUUUAUCCUCAGAAGGAAGCCAGUGGCCCUCGGAUUUCCAUCAUACUCAUGGGACGAACCAGCAUCUUCGAAGAUCAGAUGGACACGCGCGCUAUCAAGCGCCACCACGACCUCCUCCAGCAAAGCUGCCGCCGCAUUGUCAGCGACGCACUUCCUGUGGUGCUGCAACGUGAGGCGAAGCUGUGGCAGAGGAAGGCGCAUCUUGAAGCGCAGCUAGCAGAGAAACGAGAAGCAACCAGCCGAGAUCCACUCACUCCGUACGCAAGCAUGUGCUCCAGAGAUGUGAUCAAGCUGGAGCAGGAAUUGGAGCAUCUUUCCGGAAAUCUGCAGGCCUGCAGUGUAAAGACAAUUCUGCCAGGGCAUGUCCACCACUGUUGGGCGGGCAUCUAUGCAUUCUGCCGAUGCGGGGCCAGCAUUUCCGGAGAAAAGGAACAUGAGCAAAAGCUGCAAGCCCUGGCGCAUGCAGAGUCAGAGAGCUAUGCCUGCUGGAUGAAACAGCAGAGAGCGAAGACUCGUUCUAUGCACUUCACCACAAGGCUGGCUGAGGUGUCGGCUGACUUGGAGGACCUCUGGCAACAGUCGGAAGACGCUGUGGAAGCGUGCGAGAAGUUUCGAGGUGCCUGGAAAGAAGCUGUUCAGCUUGCCACUGUGGAGAGGGGCCAGGUAGAAGAGGUUCAUGCACAGAUGAAGGGGCUUCGAGUACAUGCAGCCACGGCCGAAAUCCGAGCUGCGGAGCUCUGUCUGGAGGCGGUGGACUCGGAGGUGGCGUCCAGCGAGCUCUGGCAGUCGCUCGCGAAAGUUGAAGGCCAGGAUCACCGAAGAGAUGCUCUCACUGUCGACUUGCAGCAUGCUCAAGCAGAGCAAGAGGAGCUGCGAGCACACAUUUGGUCGCAAGAGCAAUACGAUGGUGAAUUGCUGGCUGCCCUGGCUGAGUCAGAAGCGCAGCGAGCAGCAGUGACAGAAUCACUGCAGCUGGACGCUGUGCACUGGCAGGAAAUUCGAAGCAGCAUUCAGGAGACUCGGGAUGCGGCAGCACAGCUGUACUCCGAACUGACUCGGCAUGCAGAUGGCUUCAAGGCCGUGACGACCAGGCAAGCUUUGCAAUGUGCAAAUGUGCAGCAGGCUGUGGCAGGUGAAAUGGUCAUACCUGUCGAUUGCGUCCGUGCAUGUGCCCUGCUCGCAGUUCCAGUUCUAGGCACGGUCUUGAGCUCCUGCCUUGCAGCUUUCAUGAUGCGACUCAGGGCUGGCUCGGCAUGGGCGCCGCGUGCAGAUGCAGCUGCCAAGCAGAGCGUCGGCGCGGCGAAUGCUCAGCCAGUUCUUAACGAGGCAGCUGUCCUGAAAUUCCUUGGCCGGGUAAAACUAUUUCAGCGCUUGCCGAAGGAAGUUCAUACGACAUUGGCCUCCGCUUGUGUUCCAGCAGAGUACAAGCCCAAGGCACGAAUCAUCUGCCAGGGCGACGACGGUGACGAGUUCUUCAUAAUUCAAGCUGGCGAGGCAGACGUGGAAGUCAACGGCAAGAAGGUUGCCACGCUGAAGGCUAAUGACUACUUCGGCGAGAAUGCCCUCUUACGAAAUGAGCCGCGUACAGCCACCAUCACUGCCAAGACAGAUUUGAAGGCGUUGAAAAUCGGGCGAGAUCGCUUCGAUCUUCUGGGCCUGAGGCAAAGUACUGUAGUGUGGGAUGCGGAGCGGAGACGCCGUGAAAUUCGGAAGCCCGAGCACAGGGAGAAGCUCGAAUUCCCGCAGCGGAAGGCUGUGGGUGGUGGUGGCAAGCAGGCAUUGAUCUCAGCAUACGUAAUAAUCCUGCUGCCGUCUGUCGACAAGCUUCAUUGCACAACACAUCCAAUUCCAACUGUGCUGCAAGUUGUGGCUCAAUAG